GGUCUUCAGGACGAGGCGGUUUUAAAACCUCCCAUCGUCUCCUCCGCGGCAGCCGGGAGGAGACUGAGCUAGCCGUUAGUUAGCGGAUCUGAGCUGAAUCGGGUUAGCAACUAAAUUAUUCCCUCCUUUUUUCCCCCUCUGGCGUGUACCUGCGACGCUUAUAUAGAGCGCGGUACCAUCGCUUUCCCCGCUUGCAGAAACCAAGAACAGCUCGCUCAAAAGUUCGAGCUCCUCCUAGGUAGGAGCUGUGGCAUUGCGUUGAGCUAGAUCGAUUAGAUUAGGUUCUAGCUAGAGCUAGCAGCUUGGCUGGAGUAGAGUAGCCAUGGGUGUGCGGAGCUGCGGCCGCGACGGCAUCCGAUGCGAUGCCGGGUCGAGAAGGGAGCGGCGAGGUGGAGUGUCGCCGCUGCUUCUCCUCCUCCUGCUGCUGCUGGCGGCGGCGGCGGCGGUGCCGGCGCACGGGCAGCGCUCGGACGGCGUGGUGAUCGCGCAGGCGGACCUGCAGGGGCUGCAGGCCAUCCGCCAGGCGCUGGUGGACCCGCGCGGGUUCCUGUCCGGCUGGAACGGCACGGGCCUCGACGCCUGCUCCGGCGGCUGGGCCGGGAUCAAGUGCGCCGGGGGCAAGGUCGUGGCCAUCCAGCUCCCCUUCAAGGGCCUCGCCGGCACGCUCUCCGACAAGAUCGGCCAGCUCACCGCGCUGCGCCGGCUCAGCUUCCACGACAACAUCAUCGGGGGCCAGGUGCCCGCCGCGAUCGGCUUCCUCCGCGAGCUCCGCGGGGUGUACCUCCACAACAACCGCUUCGCCGGCGCCGUGCCCCCGGCGCUCGGCGGCUGCGCGCUCCUGCAGACGCUCGACCUCAGCGGCAAUUACCUCUCGGGGAGUAUCCCUUCCACUCUCGCCAACGCCACUCGCCUCUUUAGGAUCAACCUCGCGUACAACAACCUCUCCGGUGUCGUGCCGAGCAGCCUCACUUCUCUCCCCUUCCUUGAAUCCCUUCAACUCGGCAACAACAAUCUCAGUGGCGUCAUGCCGCCCGCCAUUGGCAAUCUCAGAUUGCUCCACGAACUUUCCCUCGGUAGCAAUUUGAUCAGCGGAAGCAUCCCUGAAGAGAUUGGCAACCUCUCAAAGCUCCGAAGUUUGGACCUUUCUGACAAUCUGUUAGGUGGUAGCCUCCCUGCGUCACUUUGCAACCUCACUUCGCUAGUCGAGCUCAAUCUCGACGGCAAUGACAUUGGAGGACACAUCCCGGAAUGCUUUGACGGGCUCAAGAACCUGACCAAGCUGUCCCUGAAGAGGAAUGUUCUCGACGGCGAGAUUCCGGCCACCGUCGGGAACCUCUCGGCACUGUCACUGCUCGACGUGUCAGAGAACAACCUCACAGGUGAAAUUCCAGCCUCCUUGAGCGGCCUUGCCAAUCUCAAUUCUUUGAAUGUGUCCUACAACAACCUCUCGGGGCCUGUGCCUGCGGUUCUGUCCAACAAGUUCAAUUCCACCUCGUUCGUUGGGAACCUUCAGCUCUGUGGGUUCAAUGGCUCUGCCAUUUGCACUUCCGCUUCAUCUCCGGUGGUGUCGCCGUCUCCUCCGCUGCCUUUGUCGGAGCGGCGGACACGGAAGCUCAACAAAAGGGAGCUCAUCUUUGCAGUGGGAGGCAUCCUCUUGCUCUUCUUGCUCCUGUUCUGCUGCGUCCUCCUCUUCUGGAGGAAAGACAAGAAGGAAAGCUCAUCUCCCAAGAAAAGUGCCAAGGACGCGACGACCACCAAGACUGUCGGGAAGACCGGCUCUGGCGCAGGCUCAGGAACUGACGGCGGUGGUGACGGCGGCGGCAAGCUGGUCCAUUUUGACGGGCCGCUCUCGUUCACGGCGGACGACCUGCUGUGCGCGACCGCGGAGAUCCUGGGGAAGAGCACCUACGGGACGGUGUACAAGGCGACCAUGGAGGACGGCAGCUACGUCGCCGUGAAGCGGCUCCGUGAGAAGAUUGCCAAGAGCCAGAAGGAGUUUGAGGCGGAGGUCAACGCGCUCGGCAAACUCCGGCACCCCAACCUCCUCGCCCUCCGGGCCUACUACAUGGGGCCCAAGGGCGAGAAGCUCCUGGUGUUCGACUUCAUGCCCAAAGGCAACCUCGCCUCUUUCCUCCAUGCUCGUGCGCCGGAUAGCAUCCCGGUGGACUGGCCGACGAGGAUGAACAUCGCGAUGGGCGUGGCGCGGGGGCUGCACCACCUGCACACCGACGCCAACAUGGUGCACGGCAACCUCACCAGCAACAACAUCCUCCUGGACGAGGGCAACAACGCCAAGAUCGCCGACUGCGGCCUGUCGCGCCUCAUGAGCGCGGCGGCCAACUCUAACGUGAUCGCCGCCGCGGGCGCGCUCGGCUACCGCGCGCCGGAGCUCUCCAAGCUGAAGAAGGCCAACACCAAGACCGACAUCUACAGUCUUGGCGUGGUCAUGCUCGAGCUCCUGACCGGCAAGUCCCCGGGGGACACGACCAACGGCCUCGACCUGCCUCAGUGGGUGGCCUCGGUCGUCGAGGAGGAGUGGACCAACGAGGUGUUCGACCUGGAGCUCAUGAAGGACGCUGCCGCGGGCUCAGAGACCGGUGAGGAGCUGGUCAAGACGCUGAAACUGGCGUUGCAUUGCGUUGAUCCUUCGCCACUAGCGAGGCCCGAGGCGCAGCAGGUCCUUCGGCAGCUUGAGCAGAUCAAGCCCUCUAUUGCGGUCUCUGCCGCCUCGUCGUUCACCGGUGAGCCGAGCCAUACUACCGCGACCGCCACCAGUGUCACCGACGAGACCAGAUCUACAGUUACAGAGUAGUCAGCCUCUUGCAGACUGAAAUUUGCAGUUCUUAGUUACUUCAGUAUCUCAAUAAGUAGACUUCAGAGUCUAUUCAUUUUUUCUUCAGUCUGUACAUACAGGUGUAGGAGGCUAGGAGAAUUUUGGUUGCGAUGUCAUUCUUUAAUUCCUGAAUUCAUUUAUAUCUGCCAGAAGCACUCCUUGUUAUCAGAAGAUGAUUUGGGAUUGCUGGCUUCUGAUAAAGUUUGUUGAUUCAUUACUUUUCUGAAA